ACUGAUGCAGAAAAGCAUUCCCAGGUUGAGCGGAAUUCCUUGUGGUCCGGUGAUGAAGUCAAGAAAUCAGACGGAGGAUCCGAUAGCGGCAUAAAAAUGGAGCCAGGAUCUAAAUGGAGGCGGAAUCCCUCUGAUGUGUCCGAUGAAUCUGAUAAAAGCACUUCUGGUAGGAAGAACACUGUUAUUUCGCAGACGGGCUCCUGGCGACGGGGCAUGUCAGCUCAGGUUGGCAUUACCACACCAAGGACUAAACCUUCAACCACCUCAGGCACAUUAAAGACACCUGGAACAGGGAAAACUGAUGACGCCAAGGUAUCAGAAAAGGGUAGACUAUCUCCUAAAGCUGGACAUGUUAAACGUUCCCCAUCAGAUGCAGGACGCAGCAGUGGUGAUGAAUCCAAAAAGCUUCCCACAAGUAACUCUAGAACAACUGCUGCUAAUGCUAAUACAUUUGGAUUUAAGAAACAGAGCGGGUCAGCCGUAGGCAUGACUAUAAUCACUGCCAGUGGGGCAACUAUCACCAGUAGAUCGGCUACCCUGGGAAAAAUCCCAAAGUCAUCUGGACUCAUGGGUAGGACCACUGGUCGGAAGACUAGUGUUGAUGGCUCACAGAACCAGGAUGAUGGCUACUUAGCACUUAGCGCCCGAACUAAUCUUCAGUAUCGUAGUUUACCCCGGCCCAGUAAAUCCAGUAGCAGAAGUGGAGCUGGGAAUAGAUCUAGCACAAGUAGCAUAGACUCCAACAUAAGCAGCAAGUCAGCCGGUUUGCCUGUCCCUAAAAUGAGAGAGCCUGCCAAGGUAAUCCUUGGAAACUCUCUGCCAGGAUUAGUCAAUCAGACUGAUAAAGAGAAAGGGAUUUCGUCUGACAACGAAAGCGUGGCCUCAUGUAAUUCUGUUAAAGUGAACCCUGCAUCACAGACUGCUUCUAGCGGAGCUCAAAGUACUCACCAGCAAGGAGCCAAGUACCCCGAUGUGGCCUCUCCCACUUUGCGCAGACUUUUCGGUGGCAAGCCUAGUAAACAAGUUCCCAUCACAACAGCUGAAAAUAUGAAAAAUUCGGUAGUCAUCUCCAAUCCUCACGCUACUAUGAACCAGCAGGGUAAUCUUGAUUCACCAUCUGGCAGUGGUAUGCUGAGCAGUGGGGGCAGCAGUCCUCUGUAUAGUAAAAACACAGAUAUGAACCAAUCUCCACUAGCUUCUAGUCCCAGUUCAGCACAUUCAGCUCCUUCCAACAGUUUAACAUGGGGUACCAACGCAAGUAGCUCUUCUGCUGUUAGCAAGGAUGGCAUUGGAUAUCAGUCUGUCAGCAGUCUUCAUACCAGCUGUGAAUCCAUUGAUAUCUCUCUGAGCAGUGGAGGUGGGCUGAGCCAUAACUCCUCCAGUGGCUUGAUUCCAGCCUCUAAAGAUGAUUCUCUGACUCCCUUUGUCCGAACCAACAGUGUUAAGACUACGUUGUCUGAAAGCCCUCUUUCUUCCCCUGCUGCUAGCCCCAAAUUCUGCCGAAAUACUUUGCCCAGGAGACAGGACAGCGACCCACAUCUUGAUAGGAACACUUUGCCUAAGAAGGGACUCAGGUAUACUCCAUCCUCCCAACUCCGUAAUCAGGAAGAUGCAAAAGAAUGGCUACGGUCCCAUUCAGCAGGAGGACUUCAGGAUACUGCUGGCAAUUCUCCAUUUUCAUCUGGAUCCAGCAUAACAUCACCCUCUGGAACUAGAUUUAACUUCUCGCAGCUUGCAAGCCCAACCACCGCAGCCCAGAUGAGCCUGUCAAAUCCAACCAUGCUACGGACCCACAGCCUUUCCAAUGCAGAUGGUCCUUACGACCCCUACAGUGAUACGCGCUUCAGGAACAGCUCGAUGUCCCUGGAUGAGAAGAGCAGAACAAUGAGCCGGUCCGGCUCUUUCCGCGAUGGCUUUGAAGAAGUGCAUGGUUCUUCUCUGUCUUUGGUGUCCAGUACGUCAUCUAUUUAUUCGACGCCUGAAGAGAAGUGCCAGUCAGAGAUUCGCAAGCUACGAAGAGAGUUGGAUGCAUCCCAAGAAAAAGUGUCAGCUCUGACAACUCAGUUGACUGCCAAUGCUCACCUGGUGGCAGCAUUUGAGCAGAGCCUGGGGAACAUGACGAUCAGACUGCAGAGCCUGACAAUGACAGCAGAACAAAAGGACUCAGAACUGAACGAGUUAAGGAAGACUAUUGAACUACUGAAGAAGCAAAAUGCUGCUGCCCAGGCUGCCAUCAAUGGAGUCAUAAACACACCUGAGCUCAACUGCAAAGGACCCGGAGCUGCUCAACCCACAGACCUGCGGAUCCGAAGGCAGCACUCUUCGGAUAGCGUCUCCAGUAUUAACAGUGCUACCAGUCACUCCAGUGUGGGAAGCAACAUAGAGAGUGAUUCAAAGAAAAAGAAGAGGAAGAACUGGGUCAAUGAGUUACGCAGCUCCUUUAAGCAAGCUUUCGGUAAAAAGAAAUCUCCCAAGUCAGCAUCUUCUCAUUCAGAUAUUGAGGAGAUGACUGAUUCUUCGUUGCCUUCUUCACCAAAGCUACCACACCAUAACUCCACCGUUUCAACACCAUUGCUGAGAGCUUCCCAUUCCAAUUCUCUUAUUUCUGAAUGCACUGACAGUGAAGCUGAAACGGUCAUGCAGUUACGAAAUGAGCUAAGAGACAAGGAGAUGAAGUUGACUGAUAUUCGUCUAGAAGCCCUUAGCUCCGCUCAUCAGCUUGACCAGCUUCGGGAGGCGAUGAACAGAAUGCAGAGUGAGAUUGAAAAAUUAAAAGCAGAAAAUGAUCGGCUGAAAUCUGAAAACCACGGCAGCUGUAGCAGGGCUCAGUCUCAGGUUUCCAUUUCAUCCUCUCCAAGACAUUCAGUGGGUCUCUCUCAACACAGUUUGAACCUCACGGAGUCAACCAGUCUCGACAUGCUGUUAGAUGACACUGGAGAUGGCUCUGCCCGGAAAGAAGGAGGCAGGCACGUCAAAAUAGUUGUCAACUUUCAGGAUGAGAUGAAAUGGAAGGAGGAUUCGAGGCCUCGCACCUUCCUCAUAGGCUGCAUCGGAGUCAGUGGCAAGACCAAAUGGGACGUUCUGGAUGGGGUUGUAAGACGAUUGUUUAAGGAGUAUAUCAUUCACGUGGAUCCCGUGAGCCAGCUGGGACUGAAUUCAGACAGCGUUCUGGGCUACAGCAUUGGAGAAAUCAAACGCACUAACAGUGCAGAGACACCUGAGCUGUUGCCCUGUGGCUAUCUCGUUGGAGAAAACAACACUAUUUCGGUUACCGUCAAAGGUAUCUGUGAGAACAGUUUGGACGGUCUGGUGUUUGAAUCGUUGAUCCCAAAGCCUAUACUGCAGCGUUAUGUCUCUCUCCUGAUGGAACAUAGACGGAUUAUCUUAUCUGGCCCCAGUGGCACUGGUAAAACAUACCUAGCAAACCGUCUGUCUGAGUAUAUGGUCCUUAGAGAGGGCAGGGAGUUGGCCGAUGGCAUUAUUGCAACCUUCAAUGUGGACCAUAAAUCCAGUAAGGAACUCCGCCAAUACCUGUCCAACCUAGCAGACCAGUGUAACAGUGAAAAUAACGCUGUGGAUAUGCCUCUUGUAAUCAUUUUGGAUAAUUUGCAUCAUGUUAGCUCCCUAGGAGAGAUCUUUAAUGGACUUCUAAACUGCAAGUACCACAAAUGUCCAUAUAUUAUUGGCACAAUGAACCAAGCCACCUCCUCAACACCUAAUCUUCAGCUUCACCAUAAUUUCAGAUGGGUGCUAUGUGCUAACCACACUGAGCCGGUCAAAGGCUUUCUUGGCCGUUUCUUGAGAAGAAAACUAAUUGAAACAGAGAUCAGUGGCAGGAUGAGAAAUGCAGAGCUGGUUAAAAUUAUUGAUUGGAUUCCCAAGGUCUGGCAACAUCUGAACAAAUUCUUGGAGGCUCACAGCUCCUCUGAUGUUACUAUUGGUCCACGGCUCUUCCUCUCCUGUCCGAUAGAUGUAGAUGGUUCUAGAGUUUGGUUUACUGACCUGUGGAACUACUCCAUCAUCCCCUAUCUUCUGGAGGCAGUUAGAGAAGGGCUACAGUUGUAUGGGAGGAGAGCGCCCUGGGAGGAUCCUGCCAAAUGGGUAAUGGACACCUACCCCUGGGCAGCCACCCCACAGCACCAUGAGUGGCCUCCUCUGCUACAGCUGCGGCCUGAAGACGUGGGCUUUGACGGCUACUCGAUGUCACGGGAAGGCUCGACCAGCAAACAAGUUCCAGUGAGCGAUGCUGAAGGAGAUCCUUUGAUGAACAUGCUAAUGAGACUGCAAGAAGCAGCCAACUACUCAAGUCCCCAGAGUUACGACAGUGACUCUAACAGCAACAGCCAUCAUGAUGACAUCCUCGAUUCGUCUCUGGAGUCGACAUUGUGAUCCUCCUCAGACAGAAAUAGGUGGUUUCCAUUACUGCUCUCCCACUUGGCAAGAACCCUGAUCACAGACUCAUGAAAAGAACACGUUCCCGGGCUGGGCUGGGAUCUCAGUAUUAGAGCUGCAUGAACAACAGGACACUUGGAGUCAGUCUUGAACCUGGGUGCAGGCAACCCAAGCAACCUUUGUAUUGUUUUUCUUUUGACGAUGAUGAGAACUGCACUAUUCCUUUGUUUUCUUUUGUUUAGUUGCUGUAAGCUCUCAUGCCUAAGAUACUGAAGAUGUUAAAAAUAAUCAUCAUUACUAGUUGUUGAAGGGGGGGGGGGGGGGGGGGGGGAACUUCACAGCUAUGAAGCAAACAGCUUUGUGCCAUGUACUGUCCAGAAGGAGAGGGGAGAGGAAAUUUUUGCCUAUGCUGCUUCUGACCAAACGCAUUUAGGUGAGGGCUGGACUUUUACCAAUCAGCUUUGCGGAUUAAACUCAGCUUCAUAUAGUUCUGGUGCUAUAACAAUAUCGCUUGCCUUGGUAAUAAUACUCAAUAAAGGCAAAGCUGCAAAACAGGGAAGUUUGAAUAAAUAUUAAAAAAGAGGAAAAGAAAAAAAAAAAAGAAAG